UUUAUAUAAGUAAUCUUUGUUAUUUGCAUACUCAAAACUAAAAUCCCUUGCCAUAGAAGCUAUUCCCCGAGUUAAAUGGAUGAGUCUUGGCGAAGGUGCAUGGGAAUGCCAACUACCCAUCAUCUGCCGCGUCGAAAAUCCGUGGAAAAUACCAUUUUUUCAAUGAGUCACCACGUAACCAUGGUGGCUGAUCACACUAUUGACGCAGAUGACUUCUUCGACGUUUUCGGCGGUCCGCCCCGGAGCGUGCUCUGCCGGACGUUCUCCGGCGACUUCACCCGAUCAACGUCUUUUUACGAGGAGGUUUUCCGGCCCCCGGAGUUUGUUUCGUCUCGGAAGACGAAGUGUGGCAGGAGCUUGCCGGCAUUUAGGAUUCCGGCGCGGGGGGAAGGGUUUUACAGUGACAUUUUCGGGUCGGAUGAUGAUCUCAGGCGGUCGAGGGAACGGUCGGGGUCUAACUCGAAAGCGAAGUCGAACUCGUCGUCGGUGCUGAGUUCGGAGGAGCUGAGCCCUCUCCGGCCGGCGGUCGGGGAUGAUGUCGGGUUGUCGUCAUUUGCUUCAAAGCUCAGGCCAAUCAAUGUGCCAUGCAGAUGGAACUCAACAACAAUGAUGCCAGAUCAGGAACUAGGAAUGCAACGAGGGAUGGCACUGCCAGCAUUUCCAAGCAGCCGUUCUUUCUACAAUGAAAAUCUUUACAUGGAAAAUGAACACAAUGUCGACAACUUGAGAAGCUCAUGUUAUGGAUUCUGUCGACGUGCUUCUUCCCCAGAAAUCAUUAGCUUGGAACCCCAUUCUUUCCGAAGUGUCAAAAUAUCAGCUGAUGAUUUCGAGUUUAACUCCCCUUCAUCCCCUGCCUCUUCACUUUGUCAUGAAGCAGAGGCAAGAGCUGGUGUCCAGACUGAUUCAGUGCAAGAAGAAGAAGAAGAAGAAGAAGAAGAAGAAGAAGAAGAGGAAGAUGAGGAUGAAGUUAUGAGUUCUUAUGUUAUAGACAUCAAUUCUGAUCUUAGAGAGUGUACUGGUGAAGCAGUUUCGAUUGAUGAAGCAAUUGCUUGGGCAAAGGAGAGAUAUAAUACACAAAGUUCUGAAAGGGAACAUGAAAAAGAGCAGCCAAUUGAAACAGAAGCAAGCUCUAAUAAUGCACAUGAAUAUUUUGACCGGCAAACGGAUGGCCAUGGAACAAAGCAAUCUCCAAUGCAAGAAGAACAAAAGAAGUCCAAAGCAGAAGAAGAAAAAGAGAGAUCAGAAGAACAUAUAAAGAUGGGGCUUUUGGAUGAAGAUGUGAAGCUGUGGUCAUCUGGCAAGGAAAAUAACAUCCGAUUGCUCCUUUCAACCCUUCAUCAUAUUCUGUGGCCCAAUAGCGGUUGGCACAUGAUUCCUCUCAUGAGCCUUACAGAGAGCUCACAAGUGAAAAAAGCUUAUCAGAAAGCAAGGCUGUGUCUUCACCCAGACAAACUGCAACAAAGAGGUGCAACACUAUCACAAAAAUAUGUCGCAGACAAGGCCUUUUCCAUCCUCCAGGAUGCAUGGGCUGCAUUCAUCUCCCAAGAUGUCUUCUUCAACUAGCCGAUAGCAACCCUUUUCGGAAGCUUAAAGCAAACAAGGAGUCCCUGGACUCGAAGAAUUGAGGGCACUUUUAAAAGGGUUAAAGCGUGUGAAUGUGCAAGAAGUAUCUAGUAAUUUGGUAGAUAUAGUAAGAGUUGCAAUAGAUUAUAUAUGCAAGAAUUUUGUAUGGUUGUUUGAUGUUUUGCAAGAUGCCUACAUUUUCCUCCUUCCGGACGACCCAAUAACAAGAAAAUCAAUCAAGAUGUGAAUGAUAAGUGCUACCAGCUAGUGCUGUUUGAAAAUAACUUGAGAAUUAUAAGAUAACCUACCCCCCUUCCUUUC